UCAACUGACGAUAUUAAUUUUUUUUAAUAAAAGAUGGAAAAGAGAGGCGGGCACUGUAGUUCUUCAUCAACUGACAAGAUUAAAAAAAACACAAAUACUGUAGUGCCACUGCAGCGUGGGCCCCACCAUCCAGCGUGCCUUCCCCACGUAGCACCCAAACGCCACGCCGACGCCGCCAAGGAAGCAGAGAGAAACACCGCGAAAGCCGAAGAAGAAGGCGUAGUCGCCUCCCUCGCUCGCCGCCUCCCCCGCUUCCGCUCGCUCACCACCACCAACUCCUCCUCGUCUUCAUCAACGCGCUCGGUCGCCUCGCCUCGCUCUGGAACGCAUGAUGGCGAGCAUGGCGGCGCUGCUGCAGCGUCUGCUGGUGGUGGUGAAUCAGGUGGACCCGGGCGCGCCGGGGUUCUGGCGGGAGUUCUUGGUGGGCAUGCUGAAGCCGGUGGCGGCGACGGCGGUGGUGGCGAUGGCGGUGGCGCUGAGCUUCACGCAGCGGCUGGGGCUCGAGGGCGAGAUGCUGUACGCCAUGGCGCGGGCGUUCCUCCAGCUCUCCGUCAUCGGCUUCGUCCUCCAGUUCAUCUUCACCCAGAAGAGCGCCGCCUGGAUCCUCCUCGCCUACCUCUUCAUGGUCACCGUCGCCGGCUACACCGCGGGGCAGCGCGCCCGCCACGUCCCGCGGGGGAAGCACAUCGCCGCCGUCUCCAUCCUCGCCGGCACCUCCGUCACCAUGGCCCUCCUCGUGGCGCUCCGGGUGUUCCCGUUCACGCCGCGGUACAUCAUCCCGGUGGCCGGGAUGAUGGUCGGGAACGCGAUGACGGUGACCGGGGUGACGAUGAAGAAGCUGAGGGAGGACGUGGGGAUGCAGCGAGGGGUGGUGGAGACGGCGCUGGCGCUGGGCGCGACGCCGCGGCAGGCGACGGCGCGGCAGGUGAGGAGGUCGCUGGUGAUCGCGCUGUCGCCGGUGAUCGACAACGCCAAGACGGUGGGGCUGAUCGCGCUGCCGGGCGCCAUGACCGGCCUCAUCAUGGGCGGCGCGUCGCCGCUGGAGGCCAUCCAGCUGCAGAUCGUGGUGAUGAACAUGCUCAUGGGCGCUUCCACCGUCAGCAGCAUCCUCUCCACCUACCUCUGCUGGCCGGCCUUCUUCACCGGCGCCUUCCAGCUCAACGACGCCGUCUUCGCCGCCGACUAAUCUUCCCUCUUCCACAACACCUUGCAUUUUGAUUCAUUAUGGAUUACUGCUUAGUGAUUAGUAGUAGUAGUAAUUAGUUGUUGAGUACUUACUUAGUAGGACGAGAGAGAAAGUAAGAGUGUGUAUGUCUUGAGGUUAAUUUCUUCUUCCAUAAUAAAUCAUGUGUUGAUGACUUGAUUCUGUCUCUAAUUUGGGCUGGGAUUAGCAGAUCUCCA